CAUGGAUUGGUAUCUCUCAUUUUUUAAAUAGAAGUUUCUUGAAUCAUUGAGAUUGGUAUAAUAGCUUUUAUAGUUUCUCAUAAGACUAAGGCGAUUUUGAGUCAUUUCUAGACAUCUCAGGUCUCGACGUCUCAAGUUUUAUUUUGAUACAAAAAUCAUUUCAAAUUUUUCCCUUAACUUCAAAUGAACAUUUUGGUAAAUCUUGUUUUUUUUUUUAUUUAUGUACUAAUUAAAAAAAACUCUUUAAGUAAAACUUUCUGUUGAACAACUUUCUCUGCAGGCAAACAAGUUGUAAGCUGUAAAAUGGGUGUAUAACUUUUAGAAAUGAAAAAAUAAACUCAUUUCAACCCGCAACGCUGGUUGUGUCAACGAGAAACUUCUAUACGAAGCUUAUGAAAUACUUGGCCCUAUCGGUUAAAAUGAUGUCCUUUUUAGUAAAAACAUUUCAAAAUUAUGAAAUUUUAUGGACGGAUGAGAGUAAGAAGAAAUGAAAGAUGGUAAAAAUGAGCGAGUAGAAUUUAAUUUUAUUUUUAAUGUGAUUGACGGAUAAGAUGUGAAGUAAAUUUGAAUAUCGACCAAUUUGAUCUUUUGGAUGAGCAAACUGAAAUGCUUCUAACAAUACUGAAUUAAAGUUAUAAAUUUUAAACAUUAUCACGAUGUAUGUUUACCAUGUAUUGCUGUUGAUAGGAAUUUAUGGUAGUUUCAAUAGUUUAGUGAACUAUAUAACUCAUCUCAUGCCAUUGAUUUCAGGAAAAAAAAGUACUAAACAAUAUGGUAUGUUCCUCUGAUCCAUUAGAUGUGCAUAAGCUUAGAAUAAUAUGAAACAUGAAAUAUAUGUUCAUUAUUUCUAAUUUAUACUUUCCAUAUAUUUUGAAUAUUUCUUUUUGUUGUGGCGGUCCGAUGCGAGCACAUCAUAGCAGUUUACUCUAACCCCAUUACCCCACUAGGAAGUGGCAAAGCGCCAUCCUCAAAUAAAGACAGCGAUGAAGCGGAGCCCGAUAGCAGGAAGGGAGAGUUUCCUUCCAAAAUUAUCCAGGCGCGGGCCGCCAAAACGUACCAGAUGUAUCAAAAUUUGAAAAACUCCGAAGCAAGUGGCCCCGCGGCCUGGAGCCCCAGCAGUUCGGAUUCGGCACAAAGUCUCCGAUCGCCGACCACCGAAAACAACCAAGAAAUGCCCCCUAAUCAAAAGUCGCCAUCGGUUGAAUUGGGAUCUCCGACUUCCUCUGGAGGAUCAUGCUUGAACUCUUCGAAAUCCGACACAUUUGAAGCCACCAAAAAAGUAAUUGUUCCGAAAGUUUCCAACCCUGACUCGCAAACACAAGCUCAGGAAAUGAAGGUUAAAAAUCAAGUGUCCCUCUCGGAAACCUCGGACUGUGGCUACGGAACUCAAGCUGAGAAAGAAUCCAUUUCAACGUCCAGUAACGAAGAUGACGGACCGAACCGCAAGCCAGUGCAUCAGAAGCCUCCACCAAAUCAGAAACAGCGAUUGAACGCCGCCAAAAAACAACGUAACCCAGUGUCGAUUCAGGAAAAGAAAGAACUCCGUCGCAAGAAGUUGGUCAAACGAAGCAAAAGUAACAUUAUCAACAUGAAAGGAUUGAUGCAUCACGUCCCCACGGACGAUGACAUUUCCAACUUACUGAAGGAGUUCACCGUUGAUUUUUUGCUCAAAGGCUACGGCCAUCUAGUUCAAGAGCUUCACGCACAAUUGUUAUCGGACCUGCAGGGAGUGCAGAUCGAUACAUCACACUUUUUCUGGUUGGUUACGUACUUUUUGAAGUUUGCUACCCAGCUUGAGCUGGAUAUGGAGCAUAUAAACAACGUACUGUCCUUCAACAUUGUGAGCUACCUAACGUACGAAGGAGUGAUGCUAUGUGAGCAGCUGGAACAGUCCAGCCAGCAAGAGCUUUCAUCGGAUUUGAAACCGUGCCUCAGGAGGAUCCAUUUGCCGAUGGUCUAG